AUGUCUGAUUCAACAAAUGAAAUGACAAAUGCUAACGAGGUUCAACGUUUAUACAAUACAAUUUCAACUAAUUUAACAAAGAUUAAUAAUCAUGUAAAUGAUCUUGAAAAACUCGUUCAAAAAUUAGGUACAUCCGAAGAUAGUGAACCAUUGCGUGAUAACUCUCAUCGUCUUCAAAAUGAAACAACAGUUUUAAUACAACAUACAAAUGAUGCACUUCAACAAUUGAAGAAUAUGCGCGUAUUAACAAAUGUUGAUCAGAAUCGUCUAAAAAGUUUAACUGAAAGUUUACCAAAACAAUAUGUAGCAACAUUAGAACGUUUCCGUAACGUACAAAAUAUUGCUUUACGAAAAGAAAAAGAAAGUUUUAAUCGUUCAAAUGCAAUUCCAUUUCACCAACAAGGUAUAUCGAAUCCAUUAUUUGCUAAUGAUUUCAUUUCAACACCGAUAUCUUAUCAACAUCAACAACAAACUGAAAUGAAAGCAUUAACACAACGUGCCGAACAAAUAGGCGAUCUUGAGACACUGAUGGUUGAAGUCAGUGAAUUGAUCAAGGACAUGGCUCAACUUGUUAGCGAACACGGUGUUAUUAUUGAGACCAUUGAAGGUCAUGUUCUAGAAGCUGAGAAGCAAACGCAUCAAGCCGCUGAUGAUGUUGGGAGGGCUCGCGAAUAUCAGCUACAAGCACAACAACAACGACUGCGACUACAACGACAACAAGCACAACAACAUCGACUACAAGUAGCACAACUACUACAGACACCACAACCACUACAACCACCACCACCACCACCACUACAGACACUACUUCUACCUCGACUACUACGAGUACGAUCCAUCAUUUUUUACUCUACAUCGACUACUCCAUACGUAUGUAACUUUACUUGUCUCAAUCAAUCAUGGAUUUCUUCAGCGAAUGUUUUGGCUUUAUGGCCAUUCGAUGGGACAUUUAUCGACAGUACUUUUACAUAUAAUGUCACACCUGCGAAUAGUCCUACUUUUGUAAGUAAUGGCUAUUUAAACCAAGCACUCUCUUUCAAUGCGAAUCAAAGUCAAUCAUUGGUCACUUCAUACAUUCCUCUGGCAAGUACGAGUUUUACAAUUGAUGUUUGGCUCUAUCCGACAGGAUUUCCUUAUUAUGCGGAUCAUAGUAUUCUUGGAUUGUGCCCUGUGUUACUGACCAACGAAUGCCUCCAUUUGAUCUUUCGCGAUUCUGGAUCAGGCUCUCACCUUCAUUUUGGAUUCUAUUUUAAUGAUUGUGAUGGGGCUACAAUAAUAUCUCCUAAUAAUUGGAUCUAUGUUACAUUCGUUUUCGAUAUAAGUACGAUGACACAAUGGAUUUAUCUCAACGGAGUACUAGAAUGUUUUCGAACCUCAUCAUCAAAUCUCUUAUUCUCCACGGGCAGCGUUACUAUUGGUUUGGUUCCAAAUCUCGAAGGUGUGCCAGGCGACGACUAUUUCCAGGGCUACAUAGAUACAUUAAAAAUUAGUAAUCGAGUCAAAAGUGCAUGUGAAAUACUCGAAGAUGCCACACUUGCUUGUCGUUUUCCAUUUGAUAGUACAAAUACGCUAGUCGAUUUUGGACCUAAUUCGGUAUCAGCAAAUGCUUAUUCAUAUUCCGUUUUACCUGUUGGUCACACUCUUCAAGCCAUUCGAUUCAAUGGUUCAAAUUCUUAUUUUCAAGCAUCGGGCUUUACUCAAUUUAGUAUCAAUGACCAACCAUUUUCGAUAUCGCUCUGGAUUCAACCUAUAUCUCGAUCAGGUACACUCGUUCAUAUCUCAAAGUCAUCGAUUGGUGCCGGAUCAUGGUGCCUUUCAUUCAUAGGCUUUGCUUCGAAUGGUACACUAAUUGCGCAAAUAUAUGAUGGUACAGCAAUAGUAUCUAUCAUAGCACCGACUGUUAUUCCUCUCUCAUCACUAUAUUGGACUCAUAUUGUACAAACAUGGAGCUCAACGAACGGUCUUCGUCUUUAUAUUGAUAAUAUUCUAGUUGCUUCUGAACCAUCGGCAGUAACAUUUGUGGCUAGUAGUAUAACGCCAAAUUAUGUUACAUUAGCAAGUAGUUUUUCAGCAACAUGCUUGACAGGUGGAAUAAAUAUCAGCAAUCAUUAUGUAGGUGGCUUGGAUGAUUUCAGAAUUUACAGUCGAGAAUUAUCGGCAAAUGAUGUAUGUACUUUAUAUGUUGGUUGA